AUGUGCAUCCCCGCCGACCCCACCGCGCUCGCGACCCAGGCCUGUGUGCUCUGCAGCCGCGUCCGCCAGCAACCUGCCUGUCAUCACCUCCGUGGCAUCUGCACCCAGCGUCAGAAUCACCCGGGACUCAAUAACAUCUCCUAUUUCACCAACGCCGAGUAUGAUGUCUUCAACGGGUGCGGAUUCUGCAAGUUCGCACAAGCUCUCGCAGCAGGAAAAGUACCUCAUGGGAAGAACCGCGGCUUCCCUGGCUGCUGCCGUCCACCCACAGACGCAGACACGGAUAUCAUCCCUGAUGCAUGCUGGCCGGCCGUCGCCGCCUUCUGGAAGGUACCCAUCCCAGAAAAGGUGCUUCGUCGUAUCAGCCCCCGGUCACUGCAACAGCUCCAGCUGAGGAAGGAAGACGGUGGCUCUCCCACGACGUCCAAGCUGUCCCUCAAGACGGCUGGUUCGAUGCCUGGGGACCGCAAGUCGAGCCCACCGACCCCUGGCAGCCGGAAUAGCAAGUUGACCAAUUCCCCCACGGACACCGUCAGGCGGUCCGUGGACCCAUCACGCCCACCCAUCCCUUCCUCCAUUGCUUCCCCGACCCGCUCCUCCCAGCCUCGCUCAGGAGGCACCAACGGCACUCCAAGCCGAAUACACCCCUCUCAAGUGCACAUCACCAUCGACCAAUCCAACUCCCCUCCUCCUCCUCCCCCGCCGCCCAAGCCCUCCCCUGCGACUGACGAUCUCACCAAAUCGUUUGCCCGAAUCAAUGUCUCCAGGUCUGGGUCGUAUGACCCCAGCAAGAGGAAUAGCAUCGGCUCCAUGUCCUCCCUCUCUGAGGCUACAUGUUCCGACUUCACCGACUACCUCUCUGACGCCUCCGACCAGCGGAUGCAGAAAGAAGUGGAAGAGCGCGUCACGCAGAAAUGGGAAGAACGCGAGUUCUUCCAGGCGAGGAGCAAGGUUGCUCAUAUGGACCUGCAGCCCCCCGACUUUUGGGCCGGCCGCGCGGAUAGGAGGUAUGCUGAACCUGUGCAGGUCGCAGGUGGGCGGAGGUCUCACUGAAUAACCCAAAUAUCAAGAACCAAUUAAUACAUCUAUCCUGUCUAUGGUCAUCCUGUCUACUUCGGACCGAACCGACUACCCAACACCCAAGUUUUAA